AUGGGUAAUAACAAAUCUGUUCAGUCUGAUGAAACAGAGAAAAUUAGUCUUUCUAAAUGGAUUAAAACAACAAAUAAGUCAUGUAUUUUCGGUAAUGUAACUACUGUAGAAGAUAUUAUCUCUCGAUGUGUUAAUGAAAAUUUUAAUGACGAAAAGCAUUGUCAAGACCCACUUGAAAUGAAUUCUGUAUCAUGUUAUAAACUUGAAGAUUUACAAAAUUCCAGCUUUUCAAUUGCAAAAUUGGCAAGGCAACUCUGUAAAGUGGGAUAUGGUGAAUUGCCAUGUUUCAGAUCUCAACAGCCCUCAACAGAUUUUGAUGCUAUUUAUGAUUUCCUUCAAUUUUCCAUUGUUUUACUAAAAGUUAAUCCCAAACCAAUCAAACGUGCAACUUUGACGGAUCUUAAUACAGAAAGUAUUUAUGGUGUUAAAUACGUUGCCCUUGAUCAUGAGUUUGACAGAUCUAUCAACAAAAAUGUUGUUGACCAAAUUUAUUUAGAACUUUUUAAAGAACUUUGUAAAAUUAAAACCGAGUUCGACUCUUGGGAAAAAUCUUUCAACAGUUCAGCAUUAAACCAUUUUAAUACCGGUUUAAAUAUUUGGUGUUCUAAACCAAAAAUUAAUCGUAAGGAUUGGGCUUCAAUAAUUAAUGAAAUGAGUUCUUUCAUUUCUGUAAAACCAAUAAACGAUUCCAAAUAUUUAGAAGCGUACAUCACUGCUCUUUCUUUAUAUACAUUCGCCGCUCUUAGUCAGGACCACGACAAAACUAAAAUUUGUAGUAUGAUAAAUCGAUCUUGCGAAUUACUUUUGUCAUUUAUUCAUACUUCGACACUUCAUAAUGCUGAGGGUUCUUUUGCACAUAAUUCGGAACUACCUGGCGUAAGGUUAAUUGACAUUUUUGGUGGUUUACAUCAAGGUUUAAAGACAGCAACGAUUCAAAAAUUUGUAUGCGAACAAGAUAAUGUAAUUUCAACUUCAUAUACUUCAAAAUUUGCUCCUGGCUUUGAUAAAUUAAAUAUCCUACCUCCAAUAACUAUCAGUAAAAAUGAAAAAUGGAAUAAUAUAACUGUAAAGAUUGAUGUUGCAUAUCCAUCAGCUUUCUCAAUCAAAACAUAUAUUGAUAUCCCACAGUUUCCGGAGUUAUUAGAUAUGAGAUCUGAGACUUGGGAAUUUAGGCCUAAUGAAAAUAAUGUUUAUAUUUCACAAUUAGUAUUUAGAGCUAUCUCUGAAAUAUCUUCUAUUUUGGCAAUAAUUGAUCCUUCAGAUAAUAAUAACGAAGAUUCUGAUGGUUCUAGCGUUUCAUCACAAGAAACAAUGUUUACUGUAAAUAAUGAUUAUUCAAGAUUUAAAAAGUGUUACUAUCGAAAAGUUUAUUGUGGUUUACAUGGCGAAUUUUAUGAAGAUCAAGAUGAUAUUAUCCCAAAUAUUCAAUCGUCUUGGGUCGUAUAUUAA